GAUCUCUCCUUGAUUAGGUAUCUCAUCCUCCACUGAGCUGUGUCCGAUGAAGGUAGCAAACACAACAAUGGCUGGAAAUAAAGGAACAGACAGUGCCAUUAAAUGGCAGCUGUGUUACGAUAUGUCAGCCCGGACCUGGUGGAUGGAUGAAUUUCAUCCCUUCAUCGAGGCACUUCUCCCUCACGUCCGUGCCAUCGCCUACACGUGGUUCAACCUCCAGGCGAGGAAACGCAAGUACUUCAAGAAGCAUGAGAAGCGGAUGUCCAAGGACGAGGAGCGUGUGGUCAAGGACGAACUGCUCAGCGAGAAGCCCGAGAUCAAGCAGAAGUGGGCCUCCAGGCUCCUCGCCAAGCUCCGCAAGGACAUCCGCCAGGAGUACCGCGAGGACUUUGUGCUCAGCGUGACGGGCAAGAAGCACCCAUGCUGCGUCCUCUCCAACCCUGACCAGAAGGGCAAGAUCCGGCGGAUCGACUGUUUGCGGCAGGCCGACAAGGUGUGGCGCCUGGACCUGGUCAUGGUCAUCCUGUUCAAAGGCAUCCCGUUGGAAAGUACGGACGGAGAGCGCCUCAUCAAGUCGUCGCAUUGCACCAACCCAACACUUUGCGUCCAGCCGCAUCACAUAACAGUGUCGGUCAAGGAACUGGACUUGUUUCUAGCAUACUAUGUCCAGGACCAAGACUCACAGCAGUCAGGAAGUCCCAGUAACAAUGAGCCAGGCAAGAACCCAGUUUACUUGGAAGACAGCUUCAUCAAAUCAGGAGUCUUCAGUGUUUCAGAGCUGGUGCGUGUGUCCAGAACGCCCAUUACCCAGGGGGCAGGGGUGAACUUCUCCAUGGCCGACAUGCCAAGUCAGCCGUACUACCAUGACCUGAACUCCAGCGUGGGCCUCCAUCGCUCCCUCUCCUCCCCGCCUGGCAGUAAACGGCCCAAGACCCUCAACAUAGACGAGAGUAUGGAGACCAGUCCCACUGGCCCUGACUUCUAUUCUUCACCUAGCUCCCCAGCUAGCGGCAGCAGGACCUGGCACGAGAGAGAAGACAUGUCGUCUCCCACCAUGAAGAAGCCAGAGAAGCCCUUGUUCAGCCCCACCUCCCCGCAGGACUCCUCCUCCAGACUGAGCACUUUCCCCCAGCACCACCACCCCGGACUUACAGGGGUCGGACACAGUGUUAUAUCGACGAGGAGCCCUCCACCCCACUCCCCCCUUCAGUUCUCGGCCAUCUUGCCCCCUGCCCCGUCACCCUACUUCUCUCACCCCACCAUCCGCUACCCACCCCAUCUCAACCCCCCUGACUCCCUGAAGAGCUACGUGCCCAGCUACGACCCGUCCAGCCCACAGAGCAGCCAGGCUAACAGCAGUGGCCAGGUGGGGAAGGUUCCAGGCCACUUCACCCCAGUCCUGGCCCCCUCUCCGCACCAUGGCACAGUGCGACCCGUCUCUCUCUCCAUGCCCGACACCAAGCCCAUCACAUCAGAAGGAUACUCAGCACCGGGCACCCCCACAGCCAAUCGUUUUGUAGGACUGAGCCCUAGAGAUCCGGCCUUUCUUCACCAGCAACAGCUCAGGAUAUGUGUGACCAUGAAUCAAAACGGCAGCAUUAUGGCCCCAGUGGCUCUGAGGAUACUCUUGGGGAUUGCUUGGCAAAGUCCUGGUACCUGGGCGAGCUUAGUUCCAUUCCAAGUCACGAACGGGACUCCGAUUCUGCCAACAAAUGUCCACCAGAACUACAGCAUAAACAUCAUUGGUGAGCCCCCCCUCCUCCACACAGAGGCAGAGAACUGAAGACCCGUCGGAGGGGGGGGGGGGGGGGGGGGGGGGGGCGCAAGAAGUGUCGGCAACGGGGGAAAUAAUCAGCAAGCAGCACUUAAAACAAUUGUGUUUGUCCUUUGUCCCCCCUCCCCCCUCCACCCUUUCCUCCCCACACCCCUCCUCCCAUCGGGACAUUGGCCAAGAAGACUUGAGUUGGUUUGGAGCGAAUCUGAUCCGGUCCGCUCUAGCUAACCCUAUGCCAUGCCAGUCAGUCAUUGUGUGAGAAGAGCCUUUCCAUUCAAAAUGCUGUGACGUAUUCUGUACAAAAACAUUUAGAUGCCUUAAUAUUUAGCAUGACAACUCUUAGUCUGAUGGUGGUCUUCUUCUUCUUCAUUCUGUUGUUGGGAGUUUUUAACCUUGGUUUACAAACAAGGGAAGUGAUCUGAAACACACAAAGGCUGGCUGGUAGUAGAUUACCCGACUGUAAGUUAUUCAACUCUGACCUUUACCCCUUCUGCAGAAGAGGCUCCCAUGUCAAACUAUUGACUAUGUAACCAUAGGAACAAAUUGUGAAUUCAGUGUUUUGUUUUUCUUCUUUGAUUUCAGUUUACUGUGAUACAAUUUCUAUUUUGUCUGAAACUCGUUAUCCUGUUGAUUCUGUACUGCUAUCCACUUAAAAGUUAGUUAUACUCCUUAGAGUUGUGAACUCUUACUAUGGUAAAAAAAGAAGAGAAAAACACUAUAUUUUUAGGUUAGAGAUUUGACCCGUUUUUUAAGAAUUCGUAUCUCCUUUAGAAAAGGAUAAAAAAAAGACAAAAAAUUAUCUAAAAAUCUCGAAAGAGGCAAGUGCAAUUGAAUUUUUGAAGGGAAGCUAUGUCUGUCAGCCCUAAGACUCUAAAGGAAGGAGGGUAAAUAUGAAACUUUGUUGUUUUAAAUACGUAAACGUAAAAAGGUUUUAAAAAAAACAAACAUUUGAUUUGAUUUCAGUCGCAUUUCCGUGUAUCUAAAUAUGGAAAGAAAAGAAUACUAAGCCUGAAAUGCAGAGAUGUGUUUGAAGGUGUGCAUUAAGCUACCUGUGCAGAACUGAACAAGACAGCACUUCUAUUAAGCCCUACUCAGUCUCAUGGGGAGCUUUUUAUUUAUUGUGAGAAAAAAAAUACUUACAUUUUUUUUUUUUUUUUGAAACACACGUAGUGUAUAAAAUGGCAUCUGAAAUCAAGAACAUAUGCAUUUGGCCAUCAGCUUAUGAAGCUUGUGUUUAUAAUAUGACUUGACGAGGGGGAAAAAAAGAAGAAUGCAGGCUGUUAAAGUCAUUCACGAAAAGGUAUGUGUAUGUCAAAAAAUCUACACUUUUGUGCAACCCUGAACCUUCAAGGUUGCAGAGGUUUGCACAUUUUGCUUCUUGAACACUCACAUCCCAGAUACAGUGGUGGCAGUCCCUGAAAUCUAGAAUUGUGCACGGCAGGUCUAUUGCCUUGGCCUCUCUCCAAGUCCAGAUAUAUUUCUAUAACAAAUCUCUCCAAUACUCUUAAUUUGCACGAUGACAUACUAGUCCACAUUACGUGCCUUGCCUUUUGAAUAUAGAGACAUCACUACACUUGUUUUUUGCUGCAUUUAUUACCAUUAUAGAAAAGAAAUUAACAUUUUUAUGAUAAGAUAAUUGUUUUGUACUCUGAAUGAAAAUUGUGACAUUGUUGAUUUGUAACUUUCAUUUACUACUUUAUCUCACAGUUACAUUGCAUAUCAAGGCUGUGUAUCGUCGCCGUUUUAAAGUUUAUAAUCAACCAUCAUUCUUUUUCAGUAUUUUCGGUGGUUUUUUAAUAACCUUUAAUUUUUGUUGUUAUCGUUUUUGUCAUUUCGUUUUUGUUUUUCAUCUUCCAGUUACUAUCGAGGAGGGAGGAAUUCAGAUGUAUGAAAAUUAUGCAAUACCAACUUUUGCCUAUGUAGGUAGUGCUUAUAGAUACGGCAACUAUUAGAGGCUAGUUUGGAGACUAUUGUAAUGCAUUUAUUUUGUUGAUAUCGUUGUUUUUGUUGUUGUUGUUGUUGUUGUUGUUGUUUUCCUUUUUUAAUUGACCAAAGCGGGGACUGCUUUCUAUGCAGUGUAUGACAAGGUCUUUUUUAGUGUACUGAGAGAUGGAGAGACAUGUUUCAGUGUGUUUUGAAGUCUUGGUGGGGGAGGGAGGGGGUAUUUUUUCUAACCUUACAGUUUGCCUGUAAAGAAUGCACCCGUUGGUCUCGUAUGGCUGCAAAGUCACUGAUCUGUCUACUGUGACAAAAUCUACUCUUUUCUUUCAACUUCCCAUCUGGGGUGCUAGCAUGUGACAUUGACUAAGCUCAUUUUCACAGGAGAGACGGCUUGACUUGAGUGUGACAAUCAUUUCAACAACAAAAAAAAUGUUCACAUUCACCUUAAUCAGACCCGCAAUUUCAAACUGAAAUCAUACUGCGUACUUGUGAAAAGCCAACACUUUGCUCAUACGACUUGUAUGCAGGAAGCUAUAUGAGCAUUAACCCUUAACAAUCAUCGGUGCCAUUCUAUCAGUCGCUGUGUGCAAUUCCCAAGUAGAUGCCUUAAACUAUAUAUAAAGUUACCGGUUACACAUGCGCUACAAUCAACAAACCGACAAAUGCUUGUGAGACCGGUCAAAUCAGUCUCAAGAAAGUAUUUGGAAGUAGUCAAAUUUAUGCACUCGAUCUGUAUAAAUCCCAGGGAUAACUCUACCCAUUUGGGGGAGUUAUUUAAUCGCUAUAGGGAGCCUUGUAUUUUAUCAUGUAAUAAGCUAUGGACUACAGAGGAAAGAUAUCUACUAUUUUCCUUGUACUCUGUAGGGCCAGAAGAAUAAGAACAAAAAUGGAGCCCUUGCAUAGCACAUGGGCAUUGGUUAAUCGUCUUCCCCAAGUGUGUUGUGUCAAAUAUAUAACUCGUACAUAAUAAAUAAUAUAAUAAAUAAUAAUAAAAGAUAAAAAGUCGUACAUAUAAGAAACAAAAACAAAAUCUCAGGCGUUACGGGGCAUUAAGAAUUCCAAUGAUAACUCUCCUACUUUGUAAUAUGAGAAACUACUUUUAUAACUCAAAUAGACACUAUCCACAAUGAUGUUUUGUUACCUGUUGCACUCCAUCCCAACAAUUGUGAAAGUUCUUACCUGCUUAAUUCGAAGACAGGUACUGUAUUAUAUACCCAACACUUUUUGAGAGGCCAGAAAGCAUAUAAAACGCAUUAAACUCAAGUCAAGCUUAUUCUCUCCUCCUUCACCAAGAUACUUAUUCUGAUAUUGUGAAGAAAAAAACAUUACAAAAACAAAAGCCACCCCGUUCCAUGUGCACUGUUCUGCCUUUUUUGUGUGAAAACGUAAGUGCUUUGCAGCCUCUGGCCAUUGGAGACCCCACUGAAGGGCAUUUUCCCUGAUAGAAACGUGUCAGAUGCGGUGUUGAUAUUUUGGGUAGAAGACUGUGUGUAUAUAAAGGUGAAUACUGUGGUGGCGUCGAUAGCAGUAGUCCUUUGGGGUCAGUUUGUGAGUAAUGUGUGUUUUGAGAAUGUGUGAGUAUGCGUGUAUGUGCUUGUAAGAGAGAAUGUAUGAGGGAUAGAGAGGAUGAAACUACACAACGAGCGAAGAUGAGGGUAUUUCUAUUGAGAAGCCUGCCUUAUAGGCAGGAGUUUGUACACUGUAGUCUUUUUCAAGAUUUUUCUUUGACGCCCUUGUUUGUAAAUGUUUUCAAACAUCUUGGGGAAUAUGAGUCAAUUCCAUUUUAUGAAAAAAAGAAAAAACAAUAAAUUGGUUGCGGAGGCAGGACUUGAGUUACAACUCUCCAGCUUUCCCCAAAUAAUCGAAAAUAAAAGUAUUUUAUCAAUUUUCCAUAUUCCUGUAUUUAGGGGAAGUAUCCUAUACAGAACCCUAAAAUGUAAAAAAAAUAUAUGUUUUUUWAAAUUGUGUUUAGUGCUUAUAAACUUUCCAUUUUGGAAACAUUUCAGUAAUAUUUUAAAUUCUUGUUUUUGUUAGUGUGGCCAUAGUACAGAGUGUGAUGUGAUUAUGUGGUUUUGAAUCCAUGUCGGAGAGCGAGAGAAAUAGAGGUUUGAUUGGGGUUCUAUGUUUAACGGUAGGGGAUAUCUAUUCAUGUCACUUUACAAUAAAGUCACCUGAUUUGAGCCUACCACCAGUGAAUACCAGGGUAACGUCUUAAGUGACAUCAUAGGUUGUUCUACUGUGCUAAAGUGUGUUGUGUCAAUCGUACGUAAGUCCUCCUUUAGAAAUGUGCCGUAUAGCGUUUCGUUCAGAAAAAUCGUGAUUACAGGAUGAUGCAACAAUCCGUGAGAAGUUUGGCGCUAGCAUUUGACAAUGUUUUGAUAUGUCUAUUAGGGUUUUGGAACAGGCAUGUGUAUGCAACAUCAAGCAAGUAGUUCCGCUGUGAGGAUUGGUUGAUGUAAGUCCUUUGUGGCCCCAAGGCAUCACACAUUUUUGCACUUUCUAUAAUUUAACCUACAUUUGAUUCAAGCCCUUCAAGUACUCGUAUAGAAAUUGCCCUUAGAUUCUCCAGACCUUUUAUAACAGUGUUUCACUCAUGGUAUAUCUUUCAUAGAAAUACAGGUAUUGGCAGUUUUUUUAGUUGCACACAUUUUUUAAGGUAAUAUUUAUUUUCAAAGGGCUACUUUAAUUUGAUCAUCUCUGGACAGUAUGUACACAGGUGAAACCGUUUUCACAGAAUGACAUGUAGGCCUACGGAUAAGAAAGGCUUGGUAGAUGAGUAUUAUUCAAUAUUCAGUUAUGAUUGUUGAAAGCUAUCCAUGGUCAACCGUUCAGUUAGUACUUUAUGCAAGGAGGACCAGUGGCAAUCAUGCAAUAUCUGUGUAGUUCUAGUUACUGAAGGUUUAGUGCUCUAGGGACUAAGAGGACAGAUGGAUGGCCGAAAACGCUUUCAGGAGGUGUGUUUUUACGCAAGCAAUAGACGUGUUCCAUGUAUUGAUUAUUAACAUCAGGUUGUUGUUGUAAGCAGGAAACAUAAAAACCAGCAUUUUAUGUAUUAUUAAUCACCAAACAAAAUAUAUUAUUAAUUCAGUGCCUGUUCAAGCUCACCGUGUCAGUGGAGUGUCCAUUGUUAAUAAAUCUGAAAUCUGAAAAAGUUCAACAACUUAAAAUUAAGCGGUAUGUGUGGGGCGCCUUGGCGUGUUCUCCCAAAUCUUUKGUUUUUGUUUGUUGUUUUGGUUUGAGAUGUGGCUACACAAGAGCGUUUUUUUUGUGCUUCAUUCAUUUGAAGGUCUUGGUCAACUGGGUGCGCACGUCUCAUGCUUGCUCUUUGAGGGGAAAAAACUAUGUGUACACGUCAUUUGGACAGUGUAUUUAUUUGGAUUGUCAAUUGCUACAUUAUGUAAACUAAUGUCAUUUAGAAACAAAUGCUUGCCAACUUCUCCGCAGGGUUGACUUCUUAUGGGUCUUGUGGCACUUUUACUCCCGCUGCGCACACGUUAUUACGAUGGCGAAUCACUUCAAGGUGAAUUAAAAAACACAACAACAACAACAACACCAACGAAAUAAUGUAACAGUCUCCAGUAGUGAAUUGUAGUAACACUGCAGGUGUGUGCAAAAGGUCUAUGUAUGUAUUGAAUGUACGUUUUAGAGAAUUUUUGAAAUCUUUUUGUUUAUAUCUUGUUAUUUUACAGUUUAGGAACCACAGGUAUCCGUUGUGAACUGUAUAGCGAAGGCCUUGAUAUCCCUUCUUUUUUUAUUGAUUUUAGAACAUUAAAGCAGUAGGCAAUGCCUUUGAGAUGGUUACAUUUGGUGCAGGGGCUAAAAUUGCCACAAGAUUAAAAUCAAUGUAAAUAAGGCUCAACAUUUUUUGUGAUUGUUACUGUAAUAUCCAGCCUAUACUGCUAGCAGCUGUUUUUACUGCAGUCAAUUACUGGAAGUGGAUAUAUUUCCUAUGCAAAACUGUUUAAACAAUAAAAUGAGCURUGCUACAAAAAU